AUGUCUACUCUAUGUGCUGAAAGCUUGAUUAGUAAUGGAGCUCUAGUUGAAGUACUGGAUGUAGAUCACUGUAGACUGCAAGAGCCUAGCAGCUCUGAAUCGUCUCUAAGUAAACUAAGCGAGUCUAAUAGUUCUGCCACCAGUUUGGAUUUGAAAACAUUGUCAUGGAAGCGAGGAGCAUGGAGCAUAGAAGAUUCUAUAAUAGCGGAUCCACCUUGGUAUAUUUCGAUGAUGGUUAAAUUCUCGUGUGCAGUGAUGCUUCUAGCUGGUAUUUUUGCCGAUUGGCUUCGAAUGCGAGGUAUCAUCAAGGUGUCCGUGGCGAAGGACGAUCCACGGCAUAAGGGAUUCGCACCACUGGAUGAUCACUUUGAAGCAGUUUAUAUCAAUCAUAUCUAUCGGAAAUCGAGUGAUGUGGUCAAUCGGCCGAUUGCUAGUGUGCCAGCUAGCGUAAUGUUAUUAAAGGAUAGGUAUACUGAUGACUACGGGUGGACACAAAAGUAG